GCGUCCCUCUCGCGGGUGUCGCAGGACUAAGGCUCCCGGGGAAGACGCGGCGCCCUCCGUCCGCGGGAUCGGGCGCGCGCAGGACGGCCGGGGCUUCCCGCUGGGGAUGCACCGAGGGCCCCGUGUUUGCGCUGCCCAGAGUCAGGGCGCUGCCCGGAGCCCAUGAGCACCAUGCGCCUGCUGACUCUAGCCCUGCUUUUCUCCUGCUCCUUCGCCCGCGCCGCCUGCGACCCCAAGAUCGUCAACAUCGGCGCGGUGCUCAGCACGCGGAAGCACGAGCAGAUGUUCCGCGAAGCUGUGAAUCAGGCCAACAAGAGGCAUGGCUCCUGGAAGAUCCAGCUCAACGCCACCUCCGUCACCCACAAGCCCAACGCCAUCCAGAUGGCCCUGUCGGUGUGCGAAGACCUCAUCUCCAGCCAGGUCUAUGCCAUCCUAGUUAGCCACCCGCCUACCCCCAACGACCACUUCACACCCACCCCCGUCUCCUACACAGCCGGCUUCUACCGCAUCCCCGUCCUGGGGCUGACCACGCGCAUGUCCAUCUACUCAGACAAGAGCAUCCACCUGAGCUUCCUGCGCACCGUGCCGCCCUACUCCCACCAGUCCAGCGUCUGGUUCGAGAUGAUGCGAGUCUACAGCUGGAACCACGUCAUCCUCCUGGUCAGCGACGACCACGAGGGCCGGGCGGCGCAGAAGCGCCUGGAGACGCUGCUGGAGGAGCGCGAGUCCAAGAGUAAAAAAAGGAACUAUGAAAACCUCGACCAACUGUCCUAUGACCACAAGCGCGGACCCAAGGCGGAGAAGGUGCUGCAGUUCGACCCGGGGACCAAGAACGUGACGGCGCUGCUGAUGGAAGCACGGGAGCUGGAGGCCCGGGUCAUCAUCCUCUCCGCCAGCGAGGACGACGCUGCCACCGUGUACCGCGCAGCCGCGAUGCUGAACAUGACGGGCUCGGGGUACGUGUGGCUGGUGGGGGAGCGCGAGAUCUCGGGGAACGCCCUGCGCUACGCCCCGGACGGCAUCAUCGGGCUGCAGCUCAUCAACGGCAAGAACGAGUCGGCGCACAUCAGCGACGCCGUGGGCGUGGUGGCCCAGGCCGUGCACGAGCUGCUCGAGAAGGAGAACAUCACCGACCCGCCGCGGGGCUGCGUGGGCAACACCAACAUCUGGAAGACCGGGCCGCUCUUCAAGAGGGUGCUGAUGUCUUCCAAGUACGCAGACGGGGUGACCGGCCGUGUGGAAUUCAACGAGGACGGGGACCGGAAGUUUGCCAACUACAGCAUCAUGAACCUGCAGAACCGCAAGCUGGUACAAGUGGGCAUCUACAACGGCACUCAUGUCAUUCCCAAUGACAGGAAGAUCAUCUGGCCAGGCGGAGAGACCGAGAAGCCACGUGGCUAUCAGAUGUCCACCAGGCUGAAGAUUGUGACGAUCCACCAGGAGCCCUUUGUGUAUGUCAAGCCUACGCUGAGUGACGGCACGUGCAAGGAAGAGUUCACCGUCAAUGGGGACCCGGUCAAGAAGGUGAUCUGCACAGGGCCCAAUGACACGUCGCCGGGCAGCCCGCGCCACACUGUGCCCCAGUGCUGCUACGGCUUCUGUAUCGAUCUGCUCAUCAAGCUGGCGCGGACCAUGAAUUUCACUUACGAGGUUCACCUGGUGGCCGACGGCAAGUUCGGCACGCAGGAGAGGGUGAACAACAGCAAUAAGAAGGAGUGGAACGGGAUGAUGGGUGAGCUGCUCAGCGGGCAGGCGGACAUGAUCGUGGCCCCGCUGACCAUCAACAACGAGCGCGCGCAGUACAUCGAGUUCUCGAAGCCUUUCAAGUACCAGGGCCUGACCAUUCUGGUCAAGAAGGAGAUCCCGCGGAGCACGCUGGACUCCUUCAUGCAGCCCUUCCAGAGCACGCUGUGGCUGCUGGUGGGGCUGUCCGUGCACGUGGUGGCUGUGAUGCUCUACCUGCUGGACCGCUUCAGCCCCUUCGGCCGGUUCAAAGUGAACAGCGAGGAGGAGGAGGAGGAUGCGCUGACCUUGUCUUCGGCUAUGUGGUUCUCAUGGGGCGUCCUGCUCAACUCAGGCAUCGGGGAAGGCGCCCCCAGAAGCUUCUCGGCGCGCAUCCUGGGCAUGGUGUGGGCGGGGUUCGCCAUGAUCAUUGUGGCCUCCUACACCGCCAACCUGGCGGCCUUCCUGGUGCUGGACCGGCCCGAAGAGCGCAUCACCGGCAUCAACGACCCGCGACUGAGGAAUCCCUCGGACAAGUUCAUCUACGCGACGGUGAAGCAGAGUUCGGUGGACAUCUACUUCCGGCGGCAGGUGGAGCUUAGCACCAUGUACCGGCAUAUGGAGAAGCACAACUACGAGAGCGCGGCGGAGGCCAUCCAGGCCGUGCGAGACAACAAGCUGCACGCCUUCAUCUGGGACUCGGCCGUGCUGGAGUUCGAGGCCUCGCAGAAGUGCGACCUGGUGACCACGGGCGAGCUCUUCUUCCGUUCGGGCUUUGGCAUCGGCAUGCGCAAGGACAGCCCCUGGAAGCAGAACGUCUCCCUGUCCAUCCUCAAGCCCCUGCUGACCCUGGAUGGGCACCCCUGGGGACCGCGGCCGGAGCAGCCACAGCUGAGGCACUGGGUGUCGCCCCCAGGGGUCUUCAUGCUGGUGGCUGGGGGCAUCGUGGCCGGGAUCUUCCUGAUCUUCAUCGAGAUCGCCUACAAACGGCACAAGGACGCCCGGCGGAAGCAGAUGCAGCUGGCGUUCGCGGCGGUGAACGUGUGGAGGAAGAACCUGCAGGAUAGAAAGAGUGGUAGAGCAGAACCCGACCCUAAAAAGAAAGCCACUUUUAGGGCUAUCACCUCCACCCUGGCUUCCAGCUUCAAGAGACGUAGGUCCUCCAAAGACACGCAGUACCAUCCCACUGAUAUCACGGGCCCGCUCAACCUCUCAGAUCCCUCGGUCAGCACCGUGGUGUGAGGCGCCCGGAGGCGCCCACCCGCCCCGUUAGCCCGGCCAAGGACACUGAGGGGUCCUGCUGCUCGGGAAGGCCUGAGGGAAGCCCACCUGCCAGAGACUGCCCACCCCGGGCCUCCCGUCCGUCCGUCCGCCCUGCUGCCGGCGGGCAGCUCCUGCUGGACUGAGGCUCGGACCAGAGCCGCUGAGGACGGGCCAGAGCUGAGCUGGCUGGGCAGGGCCGCGGGGCGCUCCGGCAGAGGCAGGGCCCUGGGGUCUCUGAGCAGCGGGGGGAGCAGCUGACUCGGCCCAGCAGAGGGGCUUGGCGCAGAGACUGGAGCCCCAUCCUUCCCGGCCACUCCCAGAGCCACGGUGGGCCUUGGCCCCGGCUGGCUGGGCCACCCCUCCCACACCCCCGCGCCUCACGGCCUCCACCCCACCUCCCCCUUCCUGCCUGUACCCCUUCUCCGCUUCACCCCAUCCUCUGAGCUGGCCCUGCCCUUCCUGGACUGCAGACCCUGAAUCCCACCCGCUGGCAGCGCCUCCCUGGGGCGCGGUCGGGCCCCCCACUGCCUCCCACCUUCUCCGGACCCUGCGAGGGCUGAGCCUUCUUCUCUUUGCCUCCUCCGCCCGCCGCCCAGGGCGGGCCUCGCAGACGCUGGCUGGCUCAGAACUGUCCUCAGCUCCGCUCGAUGCAGGCCCGGCCCUUCCGCGU